AUGCUAGACCAGACCAAAUUACUCAUUAGCAGAGGCGCGAACAUCCAUGCGGGGACGGAGCUGGAUCCAGACCAAUUCAUCAUGCUGCUUGGUCGGGUAAUGCGGAAUGUAUGGCGUUUCUUGUCCAAGAAGGCGCUGAUGUCCAUCAAACCGCACAUGGGAGUCAAGCUUCUAGUGGAACAAGGAGUCGAUAUAGGCAUGGUGCGGGUUCGAGGAAUGAUGCCUGUGAAAAUGGCCGUGGAAUAUGGCCACUUUGACAUCGCCUCGUACUUGCUUGCGCACGGGGCUAGAGUUCCAGAAGAUCAAGACUUUUUCGUCUCCUGCGACACCCGCGGACACGCCGAGGGACUUAGGCUGGCAUGGGAUAAGGUUGUUUCAAUAGACGACGAAAACUCGGAGGGCUCUACCGCCAUCUUCAACGCGGUGGCGCAUGUCGAGGCUGUCCGUGUGUUGUUGGGUCGAGGAGCCAGUCUUAUCAUCGAGAACGAACUCUGCUAUACCUAUUGCCGCCGCACAUGGCCGCUGCCGAGUUUUGGAAAUGCUUCUGGACCACGUUGA